AUGCCUGCGACGGAAUACGCGGAUAUUUUACGGGAACAGGAGGAGCUCGGACGUUGGAUCCAACGGUUUUGGACCAACCUUUGUAAAUUGGGCAGGGAAAAAAUUACGCGGGCAGUUUUAGAACAGCGUAGAGGUCUCCUUGAGCGAUAUUGGGAUGCGUUUUUAAAUGGUCACCGUCAACUGUUGCGAUUCAAGGAAGCCCAGGACAGUGCUUACGUGGACCAAGACCGCUUUUCUACGAUAGAAGAAGCUUAUCUUCAGGUCGCGGCUCAGAUGGCUCAGUACCAAGAGGACCUCGCGCAGGCGGGCCCCUCGCGUGGAGUACAACCCCCUCCAGAAACACCGGAAAAGCCGCAAUUGCCAAAAAUACAAUUACCCACUUUCUCAGGAGACCCCUUAAAAUGGGAGAGUUUUCGAGAUCUUUUUAAGAGUCCCGUUCACAGCGUUCCCAACCUUCAGGAUGUACGGAAAUUGCUGUACCUUAAGUCGGCCUUAACCGGAGAAGCAGCGGAGGUCAUCCAAAAUACGCCAAUCACCGAUGCUGGAUACCAAGGAGCCUGGGAGGACCUGGAGCAGCGGUACGGGAACUUGCGUCUUCUGUCUUUCGCGCACCACAGGACCCUUCUUUCCUGCCCUCCCGCGCAACAACAGUCUGCCGCGGAAUUGAAAAGGCUGUUAGACACAUUCAAACAGUCGAUUAGAGCGUACACUGCGCUGAAAAAACCGGUAGCUCAGUGGGAUGAGUGGUUUGUUUAUUUCUUAAGCCAAAAAUUGGACAAAACCACGCACCUGGUCUGGGAGACCUCUCUAGCUGAUAGCCGCGACGUACCGUCGUUCCGGCAGCUCUCUCUCUUUCUGGAAAAUCGCAUCCAAGCGUUGGAUGCUGCUCAGGAGGCCGACCCAGUGUUGCAUCCCGCGACAUCCAAAGGUGCUCCGGCUAAAACAAAAAGGGAGGCGCCUGUAAAACGCACUAAUGUAGCAGUCUUAGCUGCUUCGGCAAAGAGUCCCGCCCCUCGUAAGUGCCCCUCGUGUGCUGGAAAUCAUAACUUUGCUUAUUGUUCAAAGCUAAAGGCGCUUCCACCUCGGCGCCGGAAGGAGCGAGCCCAGCAACUACAGGCGUGCUUUAAUUGCUUGACCGUUGGCCACGACUUAACCAAGUGCCCGUCAAGCCAAGUCUGCUUAGCUUGUGGCCACAAGCACCAUACGCUGCUCCAUGAUGCGAUGCCGAGUCCCACGAAGAAUACGCCCGCGAACGUCGGAGACCUUUCGACAUCGCAAACUUCAACGGCCUCCACCGAGGCCGCUUCCUUUGCCUGUUCAGCUACCACUCGACCCGCCGCACUAUUAGCGACGGCCAAGGUGAAGGUGGAGGCACCAUCAGGAGAACUUCUCGAGGUCAGAGCCUUGUUGGACACCGGUUCGGACACGUCGCUUGUAUCUGCUUGGGUAGCUCAAGCACUCCGUUUGCCACGGCGGGCGGUCAGCGUCGCCAUCUCAGGAGUUCAAGAGAAUGAAAGCGGAGUGGCGAAAAGUGAGGUUUCUCUUUCCUUACGCUCUCGUCUGGACCCCAGCUUUCAUUUAUCGGUUCGAGCGUUAGUGCUGCGGAAACUUACUGCGUUACUUCCCGCUCGAGCAGUGCACUCACAAUCCUGGCCGCAUCUUCAAGGAGUGACUCUUGCGGAUCCGGAAUACGGAGUACCCUCUCGUAUUGACUUAAUCCUGGGAGCUGAUAUUUGUGGAGUUUUGUUACAGGACGAGUCGCGGGUCGGGCCGGUUGGCACACCGACGGCGAGGCGCACUCCUUUCGGGUGGGUGUUGAUGGGCCCAGUCUCCGACACCAAAGGUCAAGGCAGCAAGGCGGUCGUCCACAGCCUUCACUGCCAAACGGACGACUCAACCAAUAGGCUGCUUCGACGCUUUUGGGAGGUCGAAGAGCUACACGAGCAGCCUCCGUUAUCACCAGAGGAACGGGAAUGUGAGCGGCACUUUCGAGAGACACAUUCUCGGGACGAAACAGGCCGCUAUUCGGUACACCUACCUUUCAAAUUGGAUCCAAGCCUUGCCCUGAAGCCCUGCAGAUCAACGGCGCUAAAGUUGCUGCUCAGCUGUGAGCGCAGGUUGGCAUCCAACGAAGCCUGGCGAGACAAGUACUCGCAGUUCAUGGAGGAAUACGCAGCCUUGGAUUACAUGGAGGCGGUACCGGAGUCUGCGGUUCAGGAUCCAGCUUACUAUCUACCGCACCAUGCCGUGGUGAAGCGAUACGACCCUAGCGGCAAAAUCAGGGUCGUCUUCAACGCCUCCUUUCGCACCGCCACUGGAUCCUCUCUUAACGACUGUUUGAUGCCUGGACCGAAACUACAGUCAGACCUCUGGAUGAUUCUAACACGAUGGCGCUUAUUUCGAGUAGUAUUUACCUCGGAUAUUGUUAAAAUGUUCCGACAGAUUCGGGUACACCACACGGAUGCGGACUGGACCAGGAUACUUUGGCGCUCCAGACCCGAUCAACCUGUACAGGACUUCAGGCUCAAGACCGUCACCUAUGGCACAGCCUGCGCACCCUUCCUAGCGCUGAGGGUGUUGGUCCAACUUGCUGAAGAUGAGGAGGAGCGUUUCCCGCUGGGAGCGGUCGCAAUUCGUCGGCAUUCGUAUGUGGACGACAUUCUUGCCGGAGCCGACGACGAGAAAGCAGCCCUCGAAUUGAGACGACAGGUUAUCUCCAUCCUGCAGUCGGGAGGGUUCGAUCUGAGCAAAUGGGCAUCGAAUAAACCAAGCUUGCAGGAAGCGGAAGAAUUUCAAACGUGCGUGUUCCAGGACUACCCUGGAGUCAGUACCUUGGGGGUCAUCUGGAGGCCAAACACGGACACCUUCUCUUUGCGUGUUCUUCCACCUCUCAAUGAGCCCACGCGAUACACUAAAAGGCGUAUCCUAUCGGAAGUAGCCAGCCUCUUCGAUCCUUUGGGAUGGGCGGCCCCUGUUUUAAUUUUUGCAAAGAUUCUUAUGCAGGAUCUUUGGAUAAUUGGCGCAGAAUGGGAUGAGGACUUACCUGAGCAACUACUUUCCGCAUGGGAAACAUUCCGAAGCAAGCUGAGCCAACUCGACGCUUUGGCAAUUCCUCGCUGGACGAAUUACUCGGCGGACAUUGCGCAACUGGAGCUGCACGGGUUCUGCGAUGCCUCCCAGCGAGCCUAUGCAGCCGUUGUCUACCUGCGAGUGUCCAGGGGAGAGUCCAGCGUGGCCACACUGCUUGUGGCAAGAACCAAGGUGGCACCGGUCAAGGCACUUAGCAUACCACGACUGGAACUGUGCGGCGCGGUGCUACUUUCCAAACUAAUAGCGGAAGUACAAAAGGGAUUGAUCUUACCAGCAACCAUCACGGCUUGGACGGACUCCAGCGUUACCCUCCACUGGAUAAAAGGGCAUGCCUCAACCUGGAAGCCCUUUGUUGCCCACAGGGUUGCCACCGUGCAGUCCAAUGUUCCGCCUCAAAAUUGGAGGCACGUGGCAACCAAAAACAACCCGGCGGAUUUGGCUACCAGAGGGAUAACGCCGUCGGAGCUCCUGUCGUCGCAUCUGUGGUGGAGUGGACCCUCUUGGCUCGUCGACCCCCCAGAUCUGUGGCCUGCAUCACCUCUAGGAAAGGUCGAAGAGGCGGACUUGGAGAGGGGCCGAGCACAAAUCUACCUGGCAAAGGAAAACGAGGAGAACGAUCUCCUAUCAAGGUUUUCAAGUUUAACACGCUUAACGGCAGUGAUUGCUCUCUGCUCUAGAUUUCAUCGACUUACCAGGAAGCUGAACACCGAAACCGGGUUUAUCCGGGCUUCGGAGCGAGACGCUGCUCUACGGAUCGCUAUCGGGCUAGCUCAGAAGUCCGAUUUCCAAUCAGAGGUCGACCAGCUUCAACAGAGCAAGGAGGUACGGCGAUCUUCCGCUCUUAGGGCCUUGAAGCCCUUCCUGGAUGACCAAGGACUACUACGCGUCGAGGGCCGCCUCGACCUAGCCUCUAUUCCCUACAACGAGAGGCACCCUUACAUCAUCGGGAAGAAGAAUGCUUUGGCUACUCUUUUGGUUCGAGAUGCCCAUCUCCGCACCUUGCACGGAGGACCGCAACUCACCAGGAGCAUGCUGGCGCGACGCUACUGGAUAAUCCAUGGCCGUUCGUUGUGGUAG